AGUUAACGUUUACACAACAUUUAGAACAAAAAUCGAUACCAUCAUUAGAAUUUUGUUGUGAACCUUCGUAAAUCAUUGGAAAUAUCGUGCACCAGGGAACUCUCUCGCGAUAACGAUUACUGAAUUUCACGAUACUCUCAACACUUUAACAUUCUGUACCACUAGAUUUAAAUUAAAAACAGAACUACAUUUUCUUGUAAGCAGUGAUUUGAAACAACUAGGGAGGGAAACUUAAAAGAGUGAAUGUUUGUUUAAUUUUUUAUGUGUAAUUAAUCAUGGAAUCUACAGAUUAUCUAGACGUUAUUCGUUUUCCGGUGACUCUCUUGAAGUUGUGUGGCUGCUAUGUUCCCUCAUUGCCGGAGAAAAAAACUGAGAAGAUGUCCAACUCCAAGAGAUUAAGUCUGUGCGGGUCAUUGUAUUUCACGUACCGCGUGGUCAUCGCGCUAAUUCACUUGGCUGACAUGGUCAGGUCUCUUUCUUUUGAAGUCUACUGCAUUCAAGAUUUCAACACCUCCAUGGCGUAUUAUGUCCAGUGGUACAUUUUCUUGUACUUCGGCUCCACCGCCUACAUAAUAGAGUUCUUUGUCACCAAACGCUACUUUCAACCUCUUCUGGGCAUGCUGCAACGCUACAGUCUGGACUUUGGCUUUUUGGGUAACGUUAAAAAAUUGAAGAGAUACAUAAGGUGUUUAUUUCUUGUUCUCUUGAUUGUUAGCUUUCUGUUCAACUUUCUGUUAACCACAGCUUAUCUGUUUUGGAUUCAAAAUAAAACCCCGUAUUUCAUCUAUCCUUUCCACAAGAGCGCUGGAGUCUCACAAAUUAUUAUUUCAUACGUGACACUGAUUAUCACAACUCUUAUAUACCAGACGUCCUGCGCCUACUUCGUUCUCUACACAGCUUUGAUUGAGAUUGUCAGCUUGGAAUUUCGAUCGACACAAAAGGAAAUGAGUGAAGCCUUGCGAAUUGAGGCUUCGUCACAAAACAGAGAAGAGGCAUUCUUCAGAGUGAGAGAUCGGUAUCGUUAUCUGAAUGAUGUUGUCAACAAGUUAACCCUUCUAACAAGGUUCUAUGCUAUGGCCACGUUCAUGUAUACUUUAGCCAUUGUUCUGUUUGUUCUGUUUGUACUGGGCGGGGAAGGUUUGGACGCAGAGGAAACGUUCACGGAAAUAGCUUUUCUUGGAAUUGGAUUGUUUCUUAUAGCAUUUAUCUGUAUACGUUGGGGGACUCUACCUGGCUCAGCCAAUGCUAUCACAGAAUCUAUUAGAACAUCCAAUUUAAACAAAGAAUCUCCAAAGUUUCUCCAGCAGGUGCAGUUGUUUCUGACCGAAGUGUCGACGACCAAAACAGGCAUCGACUUGUUUGGUUUAUUCACCAUCGACUCCUCCACCAUCCUGAUGCUCUUUGGUACAGUGCUCACCUACGGAAUCAUAGUGAUUCAGACACAACAGGACACCAGUAAACAUUGUCAAUGUCAUUGUAACACCACGUGUGUCUAGACAGUCCAGUAAUAAAGUUACAUCCAGUGAUACU